GGGGCGCUUGGGCAACUGCCCUUGGACCUAUACGAAAAGAUGACCCUGCUGUCUGCCGACAAUGGUAAAAGAAAGACCUUAUCGCACUGCCCAGGAGUGAUUGUAUGUGUGUUUCUUGCUUUUGUACAGAGCGUGCGGACAUCUAGCUACUGUGCACCAUUUACCACUUACAGCAAUGGAACACCAAUGGCUCCCUGUGGUGCAAUUGCCAACAGCAUGUUUAAUGACACAAUAAUGCUUUUCUAUCAGCCGGAUGCCUCUUCCAGUAUCCCAGUCCCUCUGCUGAGGACAGGAAACACCUGGUGGUCUGAUAAGAAUGUGAAGUUCCGAAAUCCAGAACCAACAGGGAAUCUCGUCCAGGCAUUUGCUGGAAGUGCCAGACCUCCAUACUGGCAGAAACCAGUUUAUGAGCUUGAUCCUCUGGAACCCUCUAACAAUGGCUACCUAAACGACGACUUGAUCAACUGGAUGAGAGUGGCCGCACUCCCAAACUUCAGAAAGCUCUACAGACGCCUCUCCCGUGUACAACAGUUCUCUGAUGGCCUCCCGGCUGGCAAUUACAGCUACAUCAUUGAUUAUAAUUUUCCUGUGUCGAAGUUCGGAGGGAAAAAGCAUGUUAUCCUGACCACGUUGUCAUGGUGUGGAGGAAGUAACAUGUUUCUGGGAAUUGCGUACACCGUGACCGGAGCAGCCAUUAUACUAACAGCAUUUGUAAUGCUUGCUGUGUUCUUGAAGAAAAGGAAGCCCAAAAGAAAAUCGUUCUCAGGGAGAUAAACUUUGCAAACGCUGCAAGAAGUGAAAACACAGUUACCUUAACCAUCUCUGCUACAUAUGGGAAACAUUUUAUCUGUGCAUAGGGAAUAAGGACAAAUGAGUAGCUCUUAGUGAUGAACCACACUCUGGUAAGGGUAAUAUCACAUAGGUAUUUGUGUCUGUAUUUUAGCCUUAGGAACUUCUCACUUAUCCCUCUCAAUAUGUGGGAACCUUUGUGAGAGGAGCAGCACUUAUACGAGCUGUUAUGUACAGUGAGGUAGAGAAUAAGACCUGGAGGUAGUAUACAUUGUACGCUUUAUGUGCAGUGUUUCUUAGUAUUGUUCUUGUGUGUUUAGAUGGCCUGCGCUCUGUUAUCAGGAGACAGCUCCACACAGCACCUUGGCACGUCUGGAGAUGACAAAUAUGAAGAGAUGUGCUGUGCAGAACUGUCAGCGUCACAUCAGUCCCAGCUCCUGUCACCAUAUAACCAUGUCUUUCAAUAAAUACAGCUUGUAAAAUGUUUCUCCUAAAAUACUAAUUUAUCACUUAAAUGAGUCAUGAGAGCAGGGCCGGAUUAUGUUCAGGGCCCCACACAUCAGCUUUCCCAUCUGGUGAGGCAGGUCAGGAUGCAAGAGAGCUGGAUCAGUGUUGACCUCAUUCUGGUUCUGUUUCCCAGCAUGCUAAUGGAUAAAAAGUGAUGGAGCCCUGAUCCCGCAGGUGGGUGACUGAUCACUUCUACACUGCUGCAGUAAGAUCAUCUGCUAUUCUCGCUUGUGAGUGGCUGGCAGGUCACAGUGACUGUUAAUGGCAAGACUUGAUUUGACAACAGCAAUUUGGGUGUUUGAAGUUUUUUUGGUGAUUUUAUUUACAAUGCUUGAAGUGCACCCAAAAAUGUUCUCAAUGGAGGUGCAAUAGGAAAGUGCAAUAUGCAGCAUUCUAUUAUCUAUUAUUAUUAGGGUAUACUUCUCUACUCUCCAAGACCCUCCAGGGAGACUCCCAAAUUUCUAUGAAUCUCUAAGUUCCCAAAAGAGUAAGGUGGGGAGGAUAGGGAGAAUAAAGCUGGUAACUGUGGCCCGUGGGGAGAGGGCGAUAUCAACAUGACGCAGUUCUUUAAUAAUCGUAUAAUUUGACCACUAUUGGCAUGUUACAGUGAGGGGUGGGGUUAAUUAUGCAAGUAGCCCUGCCCCACCCCCAUCAGCUGAUACCUGCGUAAAGUAGGUAAGUAUGAUGUAGAGUGGAAAUGGUUGUGUACCGCUCAGCAGAGCAAGGAAAACCUCACAAAUUCUCCCUCCCAGACCUUUAUUGCAACAAGAAAAUCUCACUCUACUAAAUGAAACCUUGUUUCUGCAUUGUUCCACCAAACUUCAUAUUGCCAAGAAUGCCUUCAGUUCCAACUCCUCCCAUUUCAGCUGUCAUCAUGUUCUGUAAGUGUAUGCACCAUCAAAGAAGAUUUUGCAUUGUGCUAAAAUACACUACCCAACAAAGAGCCAAUGUGACAUUAUCCUUAGAGGGAGAUUCAAGAAUUUUAUUUGCAGUGAUAAGUAAUGGGCAUCCAAUGGAGCAAUUCAAUUGUUGUUCCAAUCAAGCAUGACUGCCAUGGGUGCCUAUUACUUAUCACGCUUCUCACACCCAAAAGUACUAAGUUCACCUGUGUGAUAACAUGGGAACAAAUAAACUUUCUAUGUUAAAGAUACUGGAGUAACUGAUAUUUUUAUAGGAAAAAUAAUCCUGAAACUUUAAGAUUCCUUGUGUGCUUGAAACCCCUGAGAUUGGCCACUUAUCUCUGAAUACACUGAUCUGGCCAAAAAUAAAAACUGAAUUAAAUGGCAGUAAUUGUUCAGGCUCUGUUCUUUUCAUUUAACCACUACCAGCA